AUGAGCCGCGGCGGGAUGAGCUGCGGUGGCGCGACGAGCGUUGGCAAGGCGAGCAAUGGCCGCAUCAUGACGGGCGGCAUGACGAGCGGGGCGGCUACAACGAGUCUUGGUGCAGUGGUCGCGAGCAGCGAAGGCACGCUGAGCCGCAAUUGCCCGCUGAGCGAUGGCACGACGAGCCAUUGCGCGGCGAGCAAUGGCCGCACCAUGACGGGCGGCAUGACGAGCGGCGCGGCUACAACGAUUCUUGGUGCAGUGGUCGCGAGCAGCGAAGGCACGAUGAGCCGCAAUUGCCCGCUGAGCGAUGGCACGACGAGCCAUUGCGCGGCGAGCAAUGGCCGCACCAUGACGGGCGGCAUGACGAGCGGCGCGGCUACAACGACUCUUGGUCCAGUGGCCGCGAGCAGCGAUGGCACGAUGAGCCGCAAUGGCCCAAUGGGCGAUGGCGCGACGAGCCAUGGCGAGGCGAGCAACGGCUGCAUCAUGACGGGCGGCAACACGAGCGGCGGGGCUGCGACGAUUGGGGCAGAGGCGAGCGCGACUGGCACGAUCGGCGCGAUGACCGGCGCGAUGACCGACGCGGCGAGGGGCAGCCUCAGCACAGCGGUCGCCGGGAGCGACCGCCGAUGCACGGAGCGCAAGGACGCGACGCACGAAUGUCGACCCUCGGAAGCUGACCUCUUUGAUAAGCCAGGCUGGCAGCGCUGA